AUGUUUUUAUUUCUUUUGCAGAAAAAGCUCCCUGAGACUGGAGUUGGCCACACAAUGCUAGAAUCAGCAUCCACAUUGGGAACAGAUUCUAUAUUAGGGGCUGUGUUCCAUAUGUGUGGGGAAUGUCAAAAUGGCCAAGCCAAGGAACUGUUGAAUUAUGAGUUAGAAGUUGAAAACACAGUUUUAAACCCAAUGAACCUUAUUCUUGAAAAUGAUAUCCCCACUAUCAUGAAAUUAAGGAAAAACUUAAAUAAAUUAACACUCGACAUGGAUUCUGCCCGCAACAGAUGGACAACUGCAGUCCGCCAGUCACAGAUGAACAGCACAAAUAUGGCCGCAGCUUCCUAUAAAGCUGAUAUCAUCCGUGGAGAAUUUGAGGAUGCGUCCAAUAAAGUGGACAAUGCCAAAGAUAUGCUGGCGACUGAGAUGCUCAACUUUAUUGCAAAGGAGAAUGACCAUUGUGAAAAACUAGUAGCACUCAUGACAGCUCAGGCAAACUACCAUAAAAAUGCCUUGGAAACAAUUGAUAGAGUGAUACCAAAAGUAAAACAGUUAAUAGACAGUAAUCCUGCGAAGCCUGUGUAUGGUGUUCCACUCAAGGAACAUUUAAGAGUGACUGAGAGAACUGUGGCCCUUGUUAUUGAAGCUUGUGUUUGUACCUUACUUGAUGCUGGUUUAGAAGAAGAGGGUUUAUUUAGAAUAGCUGGAAUGGCUUCAAAAGUAAAGAAAUUAAAGGCUUCAUUUGAUGCUGGAAUUGUAGAUAUGGAGGAAUAUGUAAAUGAUCUACAUACUGUAGCAGGUGCGUUGAAACAAUAUUUAAGAGAGCUGCCUGAACCACUGUUGACAUUUGAAUUGUACAAAGAAUUUAUGCAGUCAAUGCAGCUUCCACAAGAACAACGGUUAGCUGCACUAGCUGCAUCUAUAAAUAAAUUGCCAAAAGUGAAUUAUGACAAUUUUAGGUAUCUUGUGAAAUUCUUGGCUAAACUGGCUAGCCAUUCUGAUGUAAAUAAAAUGACAGCAAGUAAUAUAGCAAUUGUGAUAGGACCCAAUUUACUGUGGUCUCCAGGUGACAGUGCGCCCAACAUGCUGACAACUGGCAACUUCAGUGCUAUAAUUGAGGUGAUCAUUAAUAAUGCUGACUACUUCUUCCCUGGCGACAUAGACUUUCACUUGACAAUGAACUCCUCCGCAGCCUGUGCCGCCACCUCACCGCCAGCACCAUCCCCUGUGGCCAGUGCUCACAACCAAAUAAGUGACCUCCCUUCUCCCCAGUCAUCACACAAGCAAUCAUUAAGUGGACAGAUUCCUCCAUCACAAAAAAAAUCUGCCUCUGAACCAGAAGCCACAAGUCCUGCAGCUGGAAGCUCUUUGUCAUUGGCGACAUCUGUGAUUCCUUUAUUGAAGCUGACCACUGAUGAUAGUAACUUAAAUCUCCACCAAAGUUCUACGGACAUUGCCAGUGCACUGAGCAGUGGCAGUUCAACAUUGACAGGCAGUUCGCUGCCAGAAAAACUCAACAUGCUUGAUGACAGUGGUCAAAGCGACAGGCCCAUACAAGGUGAAGGAUUCAUUUCGAACCCUCUGGAAUGUAGUAACACUGCUAAAGCCACUAACCCCUCUCUUGAUUUCCAACCUGGGAAUGCUCUUAAAACCUCACGCUCCAGGUCUGUUCCUCCUGCUCCAGUAUCCAAAAGUUUCCACUCGGACGUAUACAAUACAGCUUUCGCUCUGCAGUCUUUGGGUGAUGGAAAUUGGUCUGACUAUCUAACCAAAGUCAGGGCCAUGUGGGAUGACCAGUUUUUGACCAAGCAACCUUCGGCUUCCAUGGACUCUAACAACUUGGGAGGUGUUAGCGGUGGGGUCACACGACGCAAUGGUUCCAACUCAGCAGAGAUUGACUUCUCGGCAACAUUUGUGGAAUCCACGGAGGCAAGUAGCAGUUCUGGAGGCUCGGUGCAGGAAGAUGUGAUGUCGACAUCGUUUGCAGGCUCAGCUUCUGUUCCUGCAGCAGUGACAACAAUAGUAACACCCUCCAUCACUUUGGCCCAACCGCAGCUUGCAUCUGCCAAUUCCACAAGUCAUACUCUCCCAGCUAUUGGUUCGUCUCAUACUCAACCCAACUUUCAAGUAUCCUAUACACCUGAAUUCUACAAAAAAUCUCAGAAUCUAUCAGCAAGUUGUAUAAGUGUAAAUCUUCCUACUGAAAGUGAUAGCAGUCCAAAGUCCCAACGCAAACCAAUCCCAGCUAAGAAGCCAGCUCCUCCCCCUCCUCCUGAGCGGCCACAUUCUGUAGCCGUCAGUCCACUCACUCAAUCCAAAAUGACUACAUCCAUGACUUGGCCAAGACAAGCAAAUACAGCAGGAGGACAACAGACAGAGAAUACAUUGUCCACUACAGCAGGUGGAGCACCCCCACCACACCCACCUCCACCAGCUGUUGUGACUAGCAAUGGACAUGGAACAUUGGAGCGAGACAAAAGCAAGGUACAAUCUUCACCAACGGAGAGGAAGGCAAGUGAAAGCAAGCGACCUCAACCACCAGAGAGGCCAAAAGGACCACCCCCAAUUGCCCCAGGCUCUGGUCACCACAGGUCUGCAUCUACAGGCAGUUUUGGAGUUCCCACUUCUGCCUCUCAACCACCAGGUACUUGUGUUGCAUCCUCCUCUGAGCAUCCUUUAUUGCACGCUGAUCGGCAACUCGGGGGUCCUACUAACAAUGCUCAACCAGUUCCUAUGAAUGCUGUUGCUAAUAGCAACAGGCUUGCUGGUUCUUCUUCUAACUUGAGUACAUCGGCCGCUACUUCUCUUGCCAGUGGUAGUGGAGGUGGAAGGGAAGGAGUGGGUACGUUCAGUCGUCUCACUAGUAAUCGCCUGUCUUUACGUCCCACACCACCGCCGCCGCCACCACUACCCCCUCAGUUAAAUAAGACAACUGAAAAUACUCACAUGUGA